AUGGCUAAAGAAGGAGAUAUGUCUUUAUUUAGUGAUGUGUUAGAGCCCUUUAGGCGGGUUAUAAACACCGAUCCGCCGAAGGAUAAAUUGGCGGCGUCUACUAAGUUGAAUUUUUCUGAUAGUAACCAAUCAAUCAAAGAAGGAACACCUGUUUUGACGUCGAUCGGUAAACGAAAAUCUAGUUUAGGCUUGAUUGAAUCAGGUACCCCGGAAAAACGGAUGCGUAUUGAAUCUUCGGCUAAUGUAGCUGCACCACCAUCGCCAUGGGAAACUAAAAGAUUGAAAGCGGACUUGAUUGCAGCGAAAGCUCAGAUAACUAAACUAGAGGCUCGUGUUAAUCAUCAACAUACAAUACGUAAAGAAAUGCAAAUAUUAUUUGAAGAAGAAAGGUCAUCUCUUACAGAGCAACAUAAAAGAGAUGAAAGAGCUCUCUCAGAUAUGGAGGAGAGAUUGCAGUUAAUAAGACGGAGAGAGUCUGAACUUAAAGAGGAAUAUAGUGCGGCCAUAAAAGAGCAUAAAGACAGUAAGAUUAAAUGGGAAAAAGAUAGAGGUGAGCUUCAGAAACAAAUAGCAGAAUUGAAAGACAAAUUGUUAGAAGCUAAUGUAAGCAGUAAGGAUGAAAUAUCUGAAAUGAAAAAAGAUAUGGAUGAGAUACUUCAAGCUAUAGAAGGAGCACAGCAAGAAGUAGAAAUGUUAAAAAAGGAAGUGGCAAAACAAACAUCUAGAGCUGAACAAUGCACAUCUCUUAGGACUAAACUCGAAAAAACAACAUUUGAACUGCAACAAGUCACUAGUAAGCUAAAAGAGCUAGAGUAUGAAAAGGACUCAUAUAAAGACUGGCAACAGCAGGCUAAAACGGCCCAGAAACGUCUAACCAACAUGGCAGAAUUAGAAAAGGAAGUGAUACGCCUCCGAGCUUCAGAGAGGUCUCUGAGAGAUGCAGUGAGCAAUAAAUUGUUACUGGAAGAGCAAGUCCAUGUCCUCACUAAGAAAGUUGAGGCAUUACAGCCGGUACAGCAGGAAUUGCAUGAGGCUAAGGUGAAGCUAGCGUCGCUGGAGUCGUCGCUGUCGGAGUGGCAGGGCGCGGCGCGCGCGCACGGCGCGGACAGCGCGCGCGCGCUGUCUGCCGCGCUGGACGCCGCGCUCGGCAGCCAGCUCAGCGCCGCGGCGGGCCACGCCGCCGCCGCCGGCCAGCUGGCCGCGCUCAAUGAGGAAGUAGCUACUCUUAAAUAUGAGCGCGACAAGGCGACAGCCAAGUUGAAUGACCUGCAAAAUGUGCGCAAGACUCAAGAUGACUUCAUACAUCGUUUAAAAAAACGUUUACUCCUGGUUACCCGAGAGAGAGAUAGCUAUAGACAGCAGCUAGACAGCUACGAGAAGGAGUUAACAGUGACGCUGGGCGGCGAGGCGGGCGGCGCGGCGCUGCUGGCGGCGCGCGUGGAGCAGCUGGAGCGCGCGCUGCAGGCCUACCGCGACCUGCUCGCCGACCACGACGUCGACCAACACGUCAAAGGCAUGGAGGCGGCGCGCGCGGAGGCGGCCCGCAGCCGCGAGGAGGCGGCGGCGGCGCGGCGCGAGGCGGCGGCGCUGCGCGUGCAGCGCGACCAGCUGCAACUGCACAUCGAGAAGCUCGCGGCGCCCACCAAGAUCCUACAUUUGGCUGACAACCCUGCAGCAGCUGCACAAAAACAAAUGCACUUAGAUUUGGAGUUGGCUCAAGAAGAGAUUAAGCAGUUGAAAGCUGCCUUACGCGAAGGAGGUUCCCGCGCGUGCCCCGAGGAGAUGCAGCAACUGCGCACGCAGCUGGAAAACAGUAGGAUAAAACUACAGAGAAUGAAGGAAGAAUUUACGUCUUCAGCUCAAGAAUACAGGGACGUGUGUUACAUGUUGCUAGGUUACAAAAUUGAUAGGACUGGUCAUAAAAACUAUAGGAUAUCAAACAUGUACGCCGAAUCGUCAGAUGAAUACUUAACAUUUACCCUCUGCGAUGAAGGCAUUGAGAUGGUGCAUACAGACUACUCCGCGUCUCUGGGAGAGCUGGUGGAACUGCAUCUUCAUCAUCACCACUCCAUCCCAGUCUUCUUGAGUGCCCUCACAAUGGAACUGUUCACUCGCACUACAAUGCAGCCAGUACAAGAUUGC